AUGUCAUCUAAGCUGCAAGAUGAUGUUGGUGAAUAUUUACUUAAUUAUGGAGUUCACACAAGACAAAAUAAACCUUUAUAUCAAAUUUCCGAAGCCAGUCAUAUAUGUAGCCUUCUUUCUUGUCUUAUCGAUACGGAACAAACCAAUUUUAACAUUUGCCCGAGGCGCCGAAAAAAUUAUGGACUUGCCUGGUUUAUACCAAAUCACUGCUCACAUGAAGAACAACAGCAAAGUGCUAAACUAAGGUCAGCAGUUGCUGGACUCACAGCAAAAAUUGCGAACACAAUAGCUCCCGGACAAGCUGAUAUGUUAGUGAAUUUAGCUGGUUUAAAUACAGCUCUCUGUGAAAAUCCAUCUCCAACAACAACUUCUUCCGGUGUACGUUUGUUGGCUAUAACUCCAGACAGCUGGAGUUUAACUUCUGAUGAAAUAAUCGAAAAAUUUGGAUACAUAGCACAUGCUAUAAAAGAAUCAGAAUGGUUAAAAUUUGCCGAUACCCCUUUUACAUCCCGAAGAGAAACAGCCGAUGAAUCAAGUGACAGUGACAUGGAUGAAAAAGAUCUGAUUGCAAUAAAACAAGCUAAACAUGCCGGAAUCAAUUUGUUAACUUUGUUAUGUAUCUCUGGAGAAGAUCCAAAGACUAGUAACGAAGCUUAUAAAAUAAGUGAGUUUAUAAAACUGAACGCAUUAUUGGGCAAAAAAGGGGCUUUCAAAGAUUUGGUUGAUUAUUGGGAUGUUGCCACUUAUUUUGAAUUACAUGUUGUUCAACGAGAGUGGGUUAAAGCAAAUCAAGCAGCAUUACACAUGUAUUUAUUAAAUCCACCUAUUUGGUAUAUGAAAUCAACAUUCUUUAAUCUAAAAUUACUACAUGAUGCAAUAAUAGUCAGAGAUAAACAGUCAAAACCACAAAAUAAAAUAAAUGAUAACAUGAAAUCUCAACCGGACUCUCCUCAAACAACAGAUACAACUAGUUCUAGUGAAGCUACUGAGGAAUCAUUUAGUUUUUGGAUCGAAUUUUUUGAAGACGCAGUUUCAUCUGUUCAAUCAACGCCAAAUGAUUUACCGUCUAGUAUACCAAUUCUUGUGUGUGAUAAUUAUGAGAAAAAAAGUGGCGUUCUACAAACACACGUCUUUCUUGAAGCUUAUUUGCAGUUGAAUUUUCAAACAGAUCCAGAGACACUUGUUAUUCGUAUACUUGAUAAAUCGAACAAUGGACAAGCAAUAUCAGAAAUACCAGAAGCUAAAAAUCGUAUUAAAGUAAUUGAUAUGCAAUCAAUACGUUCGAUAAUAAAUGUAAAACGUGAUGCACGUUCAGUGUUUCUUUAUGCAUAUGAGAAUGCGGAACCAUUUUCUUUACUUGAAUUACAAAUUUAUUUCUCAUCAGUUGACCGACGUAUGGCAUUCAACGAAAAAAUGGGAAAAUCUCCACCAGAAACAGAUGAUACUGAGACAAAGCAGGAACUGCAUUUAGAAUUUGAAAAAGAUCAAUAUGGAAAUAGAAUAUCUUUGGGUCAAGGCACAUAUGGUCGUGUGUUUAAAGCAGAAGAUACAGACUCAUUGAUGAAAUAUGCGGUUAAAGAAAUAUCAAUGAGAUAUCCAGGUUAUGUCGAUGUAUUACAAAACGAAAUUAAAAUUUUAUCGUCAUUAAAACAUCGUCAUAUUGUUUCGUAUUAUGGGACAAAUAUUGAUCGUACAAAAAAACCACCUUGUUUUCAAAUUAUUAUGGAAUAUGUUGAUGGUGGUAGUUUAACAAAAUUAAUCUCAAAAUUCGGUCAUUUUAAUGAAAAAACAAUUCGAAAUUAUACUCAUCAAAUAUUGGAGGGUUUGAUGUAUUUGCAUGAAAAUCGAAUAUUACAUAGAGAUAUUAAGGGAGCAAAUAUGUUGGUUAAUUCAAGAGGAGAAUUAAAAAUAGCCGAUUUUGGAACUUCAAAACGUUUAGCCGGUCUACAUCUGGCGAACGAAGAUAGUGUGGGAACUUUGAAUUACAUGUCACCGGAUGUUGUAUGCGUAGCUCCGAAAGGCUAUGGACCUGAAGUCGAUAUUUGGUCCGUUGGCUGUACUGUUAUCGAAAUGGCAACAGGGAAAAUUCCAUUUCAUAAAGUUGCAAAUAGUUGUGUUUUAAUGUUAAAAUUGGGCACAGAAAAACAACCACCAGAAAUUCCAUCCCACUUAUCUAAUGAAGCAAAAGAUUUUUUGAAUAAAUGCUUUGAGCAAAAUCCCGCAAAACGUUCUAGUGCCAAAGAAUUAUUAAAACAUCCCUUUGUCAGAUAUAAAGGACGAACUUUAAAUGUGGGAGGUACGGUUUUGUGCGAUUUAUCAUACAUCAAAAAGGAAAAUAUAUUUUACAUUUCAGAGAAAAGUCAAAUCAUCGAUUCAAAUAGUAUGGCAAACGACAGUUUUGACUUAGGCGGAUUUGACUAUCAUCCAGAAUAUUAUCAUUCAGUUAGUGAUAGUGAUAUAUUUUCUAUAAGUCCUGAUAGAAGUUUAGCAUCAGCCAUAUCGGUUGAAGAAAACCGAAGACAAGAAUUAGUUGAAUAUUUAGAAAGUCAAAAAGAUACGUUACUUGAUCAAUGGAUGUCGCUUAUUGAAGAAAAAAGUGACCCAGAAGAAGGAAUUCAAAUCGAUACACUUCAUAUUUUAUUACCUGCAAUAAUUGAAUAUCUAGAUAAAUUAAUUGAAAAACCAUUGCAAUUAGCAAUAAAUACAAUUUUCGAGAGUACACAGAUGGAUAGUGAUCGACGAGCAGAUUUAGAAAGAGCAUGUUAUUGUUUUAUUAAAGCGGUAAAUUCUGUUUUAUUAAAUGCAAAUUUAGUUCCUCAUGUUUUGUUUGCACUCGAUAAUCUUGUCCGACGUGCAGUUGAAGUCAUGGUUGGUUACAUUCGACCAGGAGAUGCAAUGUUAUCAAGACGUACAUCAUCAUUUUCACAUCUUGAAGUGAAUGAUGAAUUAGAACGAUUGAAAUUUUCAUACAUAAAAGAAGUUGAAACGAGUAAAAAACUUUUACAAGAAUUAAUUGACCUCGAGUGUCGAAAUAAUGCUAAAUUAAGUGAUAUGUUGAAAGUGCAAGAUCAAAACAAAUCUGUUCAUUUAUUUCGACCGUAUGAACCGCCUCAAGAAUCUACAAAAGACUCUGGAUAUGGUGGUCAUAAUUUCGUGUUUCAUUUAAAUGAUGAUCCACCUACUAUAGCAUCUUCGUUCAGUGACGAUGAAACAAUACGAACAGAACGUGUUCAACUAUUGUAUGCUUUACAACGUGAACAUGAUGAAUUGUUACAUGGAAUGAUUGAUAAUCGUAAACGAUUAGAAGAACUUCUCAAAGCAACAAAUUCUCAGAUAUUCGUCGAACAAAAUUCAUUAAUAAAAGAUACGUGA